AUACUAUUUUAAUAGCUCGGAUGAUAGAACGCAACAGACGGAGACAGAUAAUUUCUGACAAAGAAAUAGAAAAAUUAGGUAUAGAUAUUGCUGUAGCGCAUAUGGUAUGUCGUCUAGGGGGACGUGUCCAACUUGUUGGCCAAACUGAAUGGAUUCAGUCUUACUAUGGGAUACCUCCGAUUUUACCAAAUAAAUAUGAUGAUAAAUUCCUGCUCCAAACAAUUGAUCUGUCAGGUACUAGUAUUGUGUAUGAAGGCUUGGAAUUCUUACCUUGUUUAACCCAUCUACAAUAUUUACGAAUGAGAAGAUGUGUAUAUCUUGAUGAUUUUUGUCUAUCAAGAGUUGGACGGAUCAAAGGAUUACAAUUUCUAGAUGUUAGUGAGUGUCCUAGUCUGACUUCAAAAGGUCUAGCUACAUUGGCACAAUUAAAAGAUUUACGUCGUUUAAUCGUUAGCGGUAAUCCACAAAUUAAAGAUAAAGAAUUAGUCUGUCUACUACUUGAAGAUGAUUUACCAAAAGUGUACAUAGAUGGAGUAGAUUAUAUCGGUCAAUUGCCUAGUGAAUCAAAAGAGAAAAUUCUUCAAUUAGUAGCAGGAUCUACUACUACGACAACAACAACAGCAGUAGCAACAACAACCACCACAACAACAAGUGAUGGUGAUGAAGAGAUGAGUGUUCAUCAACUACCAGAGAAGAUACAAGAAGGCGAAGAAGAGGAAGAAGAGAAGGUGAAUGAAAAAAGGUAUAUUUAA